GUGAUUGGUCCGAUGAAAGGAGGUGUUGUUGGUCCCAAGGGUGAUGCUGGGUUUCCUGGAUCUCCUGGCCCCAAAGGAGAAUCAGGACCACCAGGUUUGACAGGACCCCCAGGAGCACCAGGACUUCCAGGUGUAGGUGGCAGUGGACAACCUGGGCCUCCAGGUUUCCCAGGUGAUAAGGGUCAGAAAGGAGAUCCCGGGACAGCAGCAAUCUCUUAUCCGGGUCCUCCUGGACAGGAUGGAUUCCCGGGACUUCCUGGAGUACCGGGGCCCCCUGGACCUCCAGGCGCUUCUAGCUCAGGACAAAACUGCAUCCCUGGGGAGCCGGGGCCUCCUGGGCUCCAGGGUGAAACAGGUUACCCGGGAGAGCAGGGCCAGAAAGGUCAAAAAGGAGAGACGUGUGUGAACUGCUUCAGUGAAGGCAUUUCCACACCUGGACCCCCAGGACCUCCAGGGCCGCCUGGAUUUCCUGGAAAUAAUGGCCCACAAGGGAUCAAGGGAGACAGAGGAUUACCGGGAACACCUGGUUUUCCCGGACCUUCUGGUCAGCCUGGUCCUCAAGGUUUACCAGGCCUUUCUGGGGAGAAAGGUGACCCAGGUGAUGCUCUUACACUUCCUGGUCUGAGAGGAGAGAAGGGUGACACUGGCUUCCCCGGACCACCAGGUCUGCCGGGCUUGGAUGGUCGACCUGGUCGUGAUGGGCCAACCGGACCGCCUGGUCCCAAGGGAGCUCCUGGUUCUUUACUAAUAAAAGGAGAACGAGGGUCUCCUGGUGAGCCAGGUUUCCCUGGUAUUCCUGGAGACAGAGGCCCCCAAGGCCCUCCUGGCUUUGGACCUCCAGGACCAUCAGGGGAAAAGGGUGUUCAAGGCAUCUCAGGAAUACCUGGAGCUCCUGGUGCACCAGGUAAGGAAAAUAUAAUUGAGCUAUUCAAUUGUUAGACAAAUAGACUAGUCUCUGCUUUUUGCGAAGGGAGGUUUUCGGCUAGAAUGAAGAUCACCUCCAAAUCUGUGGCCUUGGUUAAUAGUAGUCAAAUGGUGGAUUGCCAACUUCAAAUCAGAGGAAAGGUACUUCCUCAAGUGGGGGAGUUUGAGUUUAAAAAGUCCCAUAGUCAUCAUCACACACUGGUGAAAUUCAUCUCCACAUUUAACCCAUCCCCAUGGAGGGGAGCGGUGAGCUGUAACGGUGAGCUGCAGCGGUGGCUGCGCUCAGGAAGUGUUUGGUGGUUUAACCCCCCAAUCCAAGCCCUUAAAACUGAGUGUCAAGCAGGGAAGCAUUGGGUCCAAUUUUAAAAGUCUUUGGUAUGGCCCAACUGGGAAUCGAACCCUGAUCUCCCAGUCCUGAGUCUACCACUCGGCCACUGAGCAGGAAAUGUUAAAUGGCCUGUAUUUGUAUGGUUCUUCAACACCGCAAGGCGCUUCACAACACAAUCGGUCAUUCACACGCUGGUGGGGAUGAGUUACGAUGUAGCCACAGUUGCCCUGAGGCACACUGACAGAGGCGAGGUCUGCCAAGUACAGGCGCCACUGGUCCCUCUUACCACCACCUGCAGGCAAGGUGGGUUAAGUGUCUUGCCCAAGGACACAAGGCUCGGUUGGAAGCCACUGAGAUGUAGUUGGGAUUGAACCUCAAACCUUCAGAUUACUGGACAACCCGCUCUACCUCCUGAGCUACUGCUGUCCCACAAGACCCUGAAAAUCUUUGUAUUGUCUUGUAUUUAGAGAUAGGAUAAAGAGCUUGGACAUUUGGAAGAGACUCAGAGUAGAGCAACUGCUUCUAAAUGUCCAGUGUCAAGUCCUCCAUCAGGCUUGUGCCUCUUCUAGUGUCAUUUUAAAGGAUUUUAUUUAUUUAUUUAACCAUUACUAGAUUACCAGCAACAGCAAUGCUACUAAAAACACACAAUUAUGUGAAGCUGGGAAAAAAAAAUUCCAUGCAAAAUUACAUUCAUUUCUGUAAUUUAACUAGACUGAGAGACCAUUUAAAGGCUCUGGAACCUUUACAGGUGUUUCUAUUUGCAAUUUUAAAUUUUAGCUGAUUGGUGCCUUGUUAAACAUCACACAGUGACCUUUUAGUAGUCUAGGUAAGUGUAAUGCUCCUGUUAGUAGUUCCUCCUGUUAAGUGCUUAUUUAUUUAAAUAAUUCAGGUUUAUAAAAAACAUUUGGACAUGCAUUUUAUUAUGUUCCAGUCAUUAGUCAUUUAUAUUUCACUAUUGUAGUAAUUCUUGCAUGCUUUAAUGAAAAAAGUAACUAAGUAGUUAUUUUUCUUGGUAAUUAGUUACUUUUAUAAUCUUGUAACUCAGUUAGUAACUGAGUUACGUUUUUGACAAAGUAAUCAGUUAACUAAUUACCUUUUUUAAGCAACGUUCCCAACACUGGUAAUCGAUCUGCGCAUUUCCCCAAAUUAGCACAUAUCGAUAGCGGAUAGUUGGAAAACCAGUAGUCUUGUAUUGUGCUAUCGUUUCCAUCUACUGACAAUAUUUGUCUUGUCAGUUCCUACCUGGCUUUUCACUUUUUAUACUGUUUUUAAAGUGAGUGUGCACUGCCAGGGAUGGGAUAAGUGCACUGGAAAGAUAUUUAAUGAUUCAUAAGCUGUAGCUGGUACCACAUUUUUUAACCUUAACAGAUCCUGUGAGAAACUUCUUUGAUGAAUAAUUGUGUUAGAUGGAACCAUCACACGAGAUGUCUACGUCAGGGAUCCUCAUUUCCAAAGAAAUGGUUUAAAAGUACGAAAUAUUAUUUUCACUCAUGGAAUGACACAAACCAUAAACACCCUAGAAUUACAAUAGAGUAUAAAUAAUAGAGUGCUA